GAGAUAAAGGUCUCCGCGGAUGGGGGUGCUCAGUUCUGUCCCCACCCCUUCCCGCAAAGACCCAUGCACCAAUGAGACUAGAUUCACAAGCAACGCCUCCUCAUCCUGAUGCUCAAGUUGCUUAGCAACGAAGGACCGGCAAGAAGGGAUCUGUGCAAUCCCUCCGCGGGCGGGCCUGCAGGUGCACUACGCUCUUUCCUGGGGGUGGGGAGGUGGCGGCGACCUGGGGGCUACCAUGGCCCCCAAUCACCUGUCAGUGCGAGAGAUGAGGGAAGAUGAGAAGCCCCUGGUGCUGGAGAUGCUGAAGGCUGGUGUAAAAGACACGGAAAACCGUGUGGCUCUCCACGCUCUGACACGUCCGCCAGCCCUUCUCCUCCUGGCCGCAGCCAGCAGCGGAUUGCGCUUCGUCCUGGCCUCCUUCGCCCUGGCCCUCCUGCUGCCCGUGUUUCUGGCUGUGGCUGCUGUGAAGCUGGGCCUCAGAGCCCGAUGGGGCUCUCUGCCUCCACCAGGUGGCCUGGGGGGUCCCUGGGUGGCUGUCCGGGGCUCCGGUGACGUGUGCGGGGUCCUGGCUCUGGCCCCUGGUGCCAACUUGGGCGAUGGAGCCCGAGUCACCCGCCUCUCUGUCUCUCGAUGGCACCGACGCAAGGGCGUGGGCAGGAGGCUGCUGGCCUUUGCUGAGGCCCGAGCCCGAGCAUGGGCUGGGAGUAUGGGGGAGCCUCGGGCCCGGCUUGUGGUCCCAGUGGCUGUGGCUGCUUGGCGGGUGACAGGGUUGUUGGAGGCCUGUGGCUACCAGGCAGAAGGAGGCUGGGGCUGCAUGGGCUACACGCUGGUAAGGGAAUUCAGCAAAGACCUGUGAUUAGAGACCAUGCCCACUGGGGGAGAUGGGUGGGGACCUAGCACCUAAAGAGCAUCUACUAUGUGCCAGGCACUUUACAUCCCCUCCCUCAGUGUCUACCUAGUCUGCCGGACUGAGAGCGAGGCACCAAAGUUGACGGGCUUACAUGCCCACAGCGCAACGGGGCCUCUGAACUCAAGUAGAACAAAUCCUUUCUUGGCCUUCCAGGACCACUAGAGGUCACCCUGUCCACUUCUUAUCCCCGCGUCUGUUUGCACUGAAACCCUCUUCUGGUUCUGGGUC